CGGGUGGACGAGUACUGUACAUAAUGAGUCGGUCCAAGGCACCCGAGUCUGCUUGCGUGUUGGCGGAGUUCCGCGAAUGGAAGAAGCUGCAGGCGAAGUUGGAGGAAGACAGCUCCCAUGCAUGCGAUCGGGACACACGUGGCAACCUUCCCCUCCACUGGGCUUGUCAAGACCCAGAUAUUCCCCUCUCCCUUUUCGAGUCUAUCAUUCAAGCGUUUCCUGGUGGACGUCUCGAAAGUAAUCACGACGGUCAACUCCCGAGUCAUAUCGCGGAGAAAAAUGGUCUCUCUGCAUCUCACGUUCAGCUGCUCGCUGUCGACAGUGAUGCAAACAUAGUGCCUACUCGGUCUAACGAACCGUCGUCGAGUGAUGCACCUCAAAAUGUGUCGAGCACCGCCAAAGUUCGCUUUGGUGAGUCCACAGACUCUAAAGUCAAGGACCAUGACGAAGACGAAAACGAUCAUCUCGCGUCUCUUGUCACCCAACUCAACGCUCUACGCCGAGCAAUGCACACCCAGGCCAAGAUUUAUGCGCAACUCAGAAAACACAAUUGGGCUGCUUCGACAGCAUCGCCUCCAUCGCCAAGCUCAACUUUGCUUGCACAGCCGCGGGAUCGAUAUACGUUGACGUGGAAGCGCGGUGAUGUAGGCAUUCGAUUCUUCAAUUCGUCGGUGGGGUGCCGCGUGGAAAAGUUGUCGCAGGGUCAUGGGAUCACGUCAGGGAUCAUGAGUUGCCGUCUUGGCGACGUGCUUGUGUCGAUAAACGGCGUCAACGUAGAGCGUCAAAGCGUACGCGGGGUCAUGGACGUGCUCCAGCGUUUAUCCACGCCCGUUGUUCUCGAGUUUCUCCCAGGCGACAACAUCGCGACUGAUGGGGGCCGCACGAGCGGGAGCGACAACGAUGAAGAGAGCGCUGCGUGGUGUCAUUCGCAACACGAAAUGCACGAUCAGGUCAUGCUCCUCUUGCAAGACACAAUAGCCCACGUCAACCCCGACUACAAAACGUAGUCGAGCGCCACGAACGCCAUGCAGUUCCUCCGCACAGAAACAGGACGAUGAAGUAGUUCGGUAUAAGUUAUGCGCCUCCAUCGCAGGAGCAGCGCGCGGCUCAAUCUACACGGCCGUCUCGUGCAAGGGUUUCAUCUCCUUUCGCUGGUUCCAGUACAGAUUGUUCUUAACCGAUUUGAACCAGUCUUCGUUCUCGUU